UGUCAAUCUCAACUUUUCUCGACGCUUGACACCACCCACUUUCAUUUCAGCUCCUCCCCCAUUUGGCUUUUCUCGUUCUCGCGAGAGUUGGUUUAGCCUAUCGAAGCUCCGACUGGUUGCUAGGACACCCAAAACAGCUGGCGGCUUAUAGACGCUUUAGCUGGUGUUGACUGAGCGAAGGACAAACCUAGGCGAGGAAGAUCACUACUUUCUAAGUCGGAUGCUGUGCCAUUUGAUGAACAUAUGAAAACAAUGGAUCAAGAAGAGGAGAUUAAUGAUCAAAUUGGAGUAGAAUUAGCUGAUACAAGAGAGACUGAGGCAACUGAAACAGUGAAUGAUGUGGUGACAGACGAGAACGAGGGACAGACCACGGGAGAGUCCAGGGAAGGGACCCAGCUGGAUUUCAAAGAGCAGGGGGGCCCGGAGAAGCAAGAGUAUGGCAGCGGCCCCCAGGAGGAAAGUAUGGAGAGGGAGAAAUCACUAGAAGCCCCCAACACAAUGGGCAAAAAAGUGAGAAUGUGGGAGACCUCACAGAGUACAGAGGAUGGGCAACCCGAAAAGAGGGGAAAGCCGCCCUGGUGGAGUGCAAAACCGGCCAGGCCAAUAGGAAGACAGUUAUCACAGACUGAUUUCCCCUCAUCUUAUUUAACCAAAAUAAAGGCCAUAAAGGAGGCUUUGAAGACGACAGUGGCAGACCUUUCAGCCACAGUAAAAGUUACGCUUAUUCCUGUGGACCAGAUAGUUACAAUUAGUUUUAAAAUUGGUGUCUUCUCAAAACAACUCAAGGAACACUUUUCACAGCUCUUAAAUAUACCAUCUAAAUAUCUACAAUUGACGUACCAGGGGAGAGCUCUGAAAAAUUCUGAAACCUUAAUGAACCUUGGAGUUAAUCCAGAAGACAUUGUAAAAUUGGAAUUAUAUUCCUCAAAUCCAACUCAUUUUCCAAUCAAAGCAGUGUUUCGAAAAAUGCAGGGUAUUCGUGAUAUCAUAACUGUCAGAGUGCAAUGUGGUGCUAAAAUGUACCAAGAUGUAACGGUUGAGAUUGAAAGAAUUGACUUCCACAAACCAUUUCUGGGUGGAUUCAGACAUAAAAUAACAGGAACAGAAUAUCAUAAUGCAGGGACACAAACAGCACCCAAAAAACUACCUAUAAAAACGAACAUCUUUUCUAGAGAGACCCAGACGGUCACCGAGAGAAAAAAGCUCGUAGCGACUAUGAGUAGAACAUCUACACAGAUGACUAAAAUUGGCGUGUAUGUGUCCAAUAUGACUGAUAAACUGAUAACUCCGGGGAAGUAUUUUACAGCGGCUCAAUAUCACGCACAAAGGUUGGCAGCGGUAAUAGUGAUCCAAAAAUAUUUCCGAAGGUGGCAUGCCAAAAAAUUUGUAGAAAGCUUAAGAGAACAAAAAAGAAAAAGGUUGGAGUGGGAAAUGCAAGAAAAAUUAAGGAAGGAAAAGGCAAAGAAAGAGUGGCUGCAAAGAGACUAUAAUCGGAGAAUAAAUCCACAAACAAAUGAAGACUUUGAACUUCUUUUCCAUGCCUUAGAAGUUUGGAGGCAAGAACAGCUCCGUCACAUUGAUCAGAAUUUCGCUGGGGCUAAAAGGAAAGCUGCUUUAUGUGAACUUUUAGAAAAAGAAACACAAAUAAUUGCUUCCAUUGGGAGGCAAAGAAUCCUUGCCAAUAAUCAGAAGUAUGAAAAGUCAGUAUCUGCAUUGUUGGAUAAGUGUUCAGCUCCAAAGAAGUGGAUAUCGUUUGAUGACAAUGAAACAUUAAUGGAUACACAAUAUACUAUCAGAGCCAGAGAGCUGAAAGAUAUCUAUAACUGCAUUAUAAUUAAAAACAUCUGUGAUGAUGAGAGGCUAGAUGUGCUAUUAACACUGAAACACACUGUAAAGGAACAUGAAUGUAAACUGACCCAGGACAUCUUAGAAUUGAUUGACCGAGAGGUUGAUCUUAUGAUGAGAGGAGUUAAAAGCUGUAAUCUUGAAGGACUCAGACAAAGAAUAGCUACACUAUUUCUUCAAUACAUUAAAACACCCUUGUUUAAUCCUGAAGUCACCAGAUACCUUAAGGUUCCUCCAGAUCCAACAAAGUUUUAUAAAAAUGUUUACUUUUGUCGCAGUUGUGAGAUGUAUUUGCCAUCUACAGAGUUUUCCAUUUCAUCCACUUCCUACCAUGUUAGCAGAUGUCGUCAGUGCUGUAUGCUUGACAAUGAAGCUCGACAGCGUGAAGCAUUUUUGAAAUACAAGUUUUUACUCAAACAGCUCUAUCAAUCAGAAGCUGAUUAUGAAGAUGAUUCUAAGAUUGCUUACCUGAUGCAGCUACAAGAUCUCCAGUACCUGAUUGAGAACAUUUGGGCUUCCCAGUCAGCCCUCAGUGCCUGGAAUGAUCUCUGUGAUUUGGUCAUUGUCAGAUGGGACAGAACAGAGGAAUGGGCCCCUUGGAACUGUAUUCUCCUGACUAAAGAUGAAGCAAAUGUUCAUCUCAAGAUGAAGAGCCUUGAAGAGGGAUAUGAACCAGUGUUUAUUCACAAGAUCAAACAUAAGCACAUUCUAGCUAAGAACUAUUUUUCUCAGAUUCCAAUGAUGGCUGCAUUUUUACAUGUUUAUGACACUGAAGAUGAAGCAAAGGAGGAAGAAAGUAAUGAAACAAAGGACAAAGAAAGUAACCAAACAGAGGAAGAAACAGAUAAGGAAACAAUGAUGUCUACACCUAAGGAUACAGAGGCAGAAUGCCUUCCACAUUAGUGUUUUCCUCUGUGACUAAUUGAGUAACAUAAUUAUAAUGCAAGUAAAGGAAAGGGUUUAUGCCUUUUUUGUAGCAUUUCUUAAUUACUUAUCUUUGGGAGUAGGAUGAGUUUUAUGAAGAUAAAACAUCCUUACAUCAAAUGUUUUGAUGUUGGUCUAUUAGUUCAAAAUCAGCUUUUGUAACUAUAUGCAGUGUUUUGAAGUAAAAAGAAAAUGUGUCCGUCUCAUUAUUUGAAAACUGAUAUUUAUUAAUGCUUUAAAAUUUUUUCAAAGUGCUUUAUGAACAUUAUAAAUUAUCUCAUUUCAGCGUCAUGAGAAUUUUGUUGAGCUAGGUACUACUAGCAUUGCUAUCCUUGUAUCUACUCCACCACAGUGCCUCUGACUUGUAUGCCAAAUCAUGUUUUUAUUCAUUUUUUUUUCAGACAUCUUAAAGUAGUUAAGGGUUUCAUAGGAAGAAUGAAUGAACUUGGCUUAUUUGUAUUAGACAUAAUGGAUUUUGGUUUUUGACACCAGUACAUGUGAGUUCUUUCUUUGAUUCUUUCCCUUAUUUACUGUGAGACUUUGCCAACUUUAUCUUCUAUUUCUCAGUUUCCUCAUCUGUCUAAUACACAUAAUCACUGUUCCUGCUCAUCUCGAAGGAGCGUUGGGAGACUUUUGAAGUAGAACUUUUCCUUGUUUAUUAAAUACCUUCCUUCCUUGAGAACUCUUCUGAAGUUCUCCUCUGUCACUGCCAGGGCUUCCUGGACUCACUGGGAACACAGUAUAUUUACCACCUAACCAAUAGCUCGUGGAAUCACUUUCCUUUCCCAAAUAGUGAAGAAGCAUAAAACGGUACUAGUGAAAUGACUAGCAAGGCAUUAAGACAAGUAAAACAAUAACGUGCUAUUUUAAAGCAUCUUAUAUAAUGCACUUUUGCCACCAUCGCUCUAAACUCUCUCUUUUUUUUUUAAUUAGGCAAUUGGGGUUAAGUGACUUGCCCAAGGUCACACAGCUAGUAAGU